UAUGCACGUAUGGGACCUGCAGAUGUGUGAUAUCCAUCCUUAAUUGGACUGCUCGUUAUUCCAGCCGGACGUUAUAGCUGAGUGAAACCUGUAUAAUGCAUUUUUCGUGCUUAUGAGGUAAUUAAUUAGAAACUGAAGCUCACGAGCCUAACGCUAGCUAACGAUGCAGCUAGUUGUUAAGCUACAUCGGAGGCAUUAGCAGCAUCCCCAUGACGCUUGUGUCCGUUUUACUUAUUAGUCCCGCCAAGUAAAUGAUCACUUGCUUAUCAGUAAACAAGCAUCCUAGAGUCGUCUUUCUGUAAGCUGCGGUAUCGUGAAGUACGUGAGAAGUUCUUGUCUUCACAACGGGCGGACACGACUAGCGCUUGAGUUAGCUAGCUAGCUUGAGGACAAGAACAUUCUUGAACUGCACGGGUUUGAGGGAAAGAAUAGCCAUGUUUCGCUCAGGUAUACGUUAAAUAGCGUUUCUUAGAUGCCACAACUUGGUUUGAAACCGUCUCGGUAGGUUACCGAGCGCAAGGCUAGGUCAUUAUUUCAACUUCCAAACCUCUCGUUUGAUUGUCGGCUGUUGCUACCAUGGUCCUUUGCCCGUCCGACUCGAGAGAAUGAGUCCGCUCUUGGGGGAAAGGGGAUGCCUUUAUUUUAGGCCGAAGAUUUCCUCUCACGUAUCGAUCGGUAGCUGACCAACAACUGUCGGGAGAGAAGAGGCCCACUAAAUCGCAGGGGGGGGGUUAAGCGGUUAACUUCAACGUCGGUUUUCCACGCAAUUAACUUGUUUCUGGUCAGCCCCAUGGCUCUAAACGGGGUAAAUUUACUCUCUCGGCUCGGAGACAUGACAUUAACCGGGCCAGGUGUAGCCUUGUUGCCUCCGUUGUCCUCCACCAACACGUCUGCGUCCGCCAGCCCCACACCAGGCGCAGACAGCCGUGGGUGUGAGAAUGGUGCCCUCAUGGACUCAUUCGGGAUUUUCCUGCAAGGGCUUCUUGCCGUCGUGGCCUUCAGCACGCUGAUGUUGAAACGCUUCAGGGAGCCCAAGCAUGAGAGGAGACCCUGGAGGAUCUGGUUCCUGGACACCUCUAAACAGGCCAUUGGGAUGCUGUUCAUCCACUUUGCUAAUGUCUACCUGUCUGAUCUCACGGAGGAGGAUCCCUGUUCACUAUACCUCAUUAACUUCCUGUUGGAUGCAUCUUUGGGCAUGCUGCUGAUCUAUGCUGGAGUGAGAGCUGUCAGUGCCAUUGUGGAAUGGAGACAGUGGGAUUCUCUACGCUUUGGAGAAUAUGGAGAACCUAUACAGUGUACAGCGUGGGUGGGCCAGUGUGCCCUCUACAUCCUCAUCAUGGUGUUUGAGAAGGUCCUCAUCAUGCUGGUUCUUCUCAUCCCCCAAUGGAAGAAGCUGGCUCUCCUUAACCCCAUAGAGAAUCCUGACCUGGAACUAGCCAUUGUCAUGCUCAUUGUUCCUUUCUUCAUCAACGCCCUGAUGUUCUGGGUAGUAGAUAACUUCCUAAUGAAAAAGCACAGGACGAAAGCCAAAUUGGAGGAGAGGGAGGAGGAUUCACGGACUAACAGCAAAGUGCGAUACAGACGAGCUCUUUCUCAUGACGACUCAGAGUCAGAGAUCCUUUUCUCAGCAGAUGAUGAGAUGGACGACUCAGAUGAGGAUGAUGUACGUCGUCUCACUGGCCUCAAGACGGUGAAGAAAAAGAAGCUCCGUAUGGGAAUCCCUGUUUGACCUGUCUCUGUGCCAGACUUGUGCGCCAGUAGCUGCUCCUCUCACAGCCCUUGGACAGGUUCUGACUUUAACCCCAUGUGUUAAGCUUUUUGCAAAAGUUAAGGAUUACAUUAGCUCUCUAUUCCUAUGGGCGGAGCCAGGACAUUUGGAGGAUUUCAAUUAAGGAUGGAAACCAUCAGUUACUGUCGACACUGACAGGAUUCCUGCAGAAACUUGGUAAACUGGUCUCAAGACACCGUGUCUGCAUUUCUGGUAUAGUUUCUGACGUAUAAUGGAUCUCUGUAGCAUUUUACCAUGAUUCUCAGUCAAUCUUGUUUUGAGGGACUUUCUGGGUAAAGGAAUCCUAUCAUGCAUGGACUUUAUAUUAUUAAAUCUUGUAUGUAAGUAUUAUCGGGAAAGCUGUUAACACUGACUUGGUAAUUGUAGGCUUUAUGGAGAUAUGUUGGGUUUUGUCAUGCAGCAGUCCAUGAUAUUGUAUGACAGAUGUGACUGACCAUGACAUGGGAAAACCAUGAUAUGAACCUCCUGUUCAAACAUUUUGUUACAUUCGAUAUUCUUAAAUAGGGACCCCAAAGUGAUUGUAUUCCUCAUAUAGAUUGUAUGCCAAAUGUAGUUUGGCGUCAACUCAUGUUUUUUCUCCCCCCACUUGUAGGCUUGUGACCACGACCUGGUAUAUGCCGCGCAUGUGCAUUUGUAGGUGUAUGCUCCUAUUGUGAGGGGCAGUAUCAAAGAAUGUUUGAGCCUUUGUGUUGACUAACUAUUACAUAGUAUAUAUAUUGUUUGUAACGUCGAUUAUGUCCAUCCCCUUUAUUUAAAAAGCAGGUUUAGGGCAUCACUACUUGGUGACAACUUCUAAAGCCGGGCCCGCAAUCUUAAUUCGCAUUUCUCCUCUCAUUAUAUUUUUUUAACCCCAGAAAAUAACAGAUUGAAACCUUCUAAGAAAUAUCUUCCACACAUCGUUGUCAACGUUUGUCUCUGUGGGUUUAAUAUUGUGUAUCUCCGUUUAACUGACAGGAUUGGAUUCAGUUUAUUCUUUGGCUUUGGCGUCGGUACUCCUGGUUUCGAGUUUUUGUUCUUUGUUCUGUCUCUAUAUAAUGGAGACAGAGAUGAUUUGUUGCUAAAUAGGUGACAAAGCCUACUCCAAAAGUCGUCUUUAUCAUUCCUUAGAUGGCAAAAGCAGACAUGGGACCCUCCACAUUCCUUGCACAACUUGUCGAUACUUUCCUUUGGUGUUUGUAUGACGUUCCUGUAUUUGACCUUUCAUUUCAAUUGCUCUUUAAUCCGUCAUUGUGCCUGAUGGGAAUGACCUAUGUGUAUGUCUGUGCGUGUGUGCGUGCGUGAGUGACUUUUUAACCAGAGGCCCUGAUCUUCAGGCAUGACAGCAUUCAGCAGGCUCUGAUGUUGAGAAUGUGACAGAAGCACAGACCUCUUAACUGUUACUGACCGGAGACCGGACACUCGGGGAGGGGAGGAAAGUUGAGGGCGUGCACACACAAGUGCAGUUGUUUGACUGCUUUCCUUACUGGUCUUAAAAAUGUAAAGGGAGGAUGACAUAAACUGACUGUGAUGACUAUGGUGCUUGUAAUGACUUCAGUAUGACGUUCUUGGCAGAUUAAUAAGGAAUAAAUGACUGUGGGUUUUUAAAGGAAGGUACAGCAAAUGGUUAUGGGGAGCCUCAGCAUAACCAAUACAAAGAGGGCUUUUGGUAUUCCAGCAAAAUAAAAUUACUAGAAAAUUAAAAUGAUUGAUAAAUGAUUGAUGUAAGUUAUCAUUAUCGAUGCUUUUGCAAUAAAAUAUGCAAAACAA